GAGAAGUGAAAGAGGAGGAUCAACAGGCGGCUUGACAAUUUGCUGCUUUCUGCGCUUCACACUAAGACUUGCGGAAAGUCCAUGAAGAAUGGAAAUAACUUUGGCUACUUUUGGGUCAAGGCGACUCGCUGUCAUGUGGGUUUACUUCAGCCGCCUUCUGUUGUUGAUGCACUAAACAUGGCAAGUCUGUUAGCACAGAGCCCAGGGAGGCUGUCUGGAGAGGAUUAUCAGGACCAAAAAUGAAAACGCUCUCGGCCUGAUAGAGGACAAACUCCUGCUAAGAUGAACCCAGAAUCUCUGGACUCGUCUAUCCAGAGUACCCUCUCUGCCCUCUUCCCGCCUUUCGAGGCCACAGCGCCCAUCGUCCUCAGCCAACUGUUUCGCACCAUUGAGGAACGUUACCAUGGCGAUGCAUUACAGUGCCUGCUAGAUUUCCUCAUCCCCUCCAAACACCUGUUGGAGAGUGUCCAACAGGCAGCAUGUGCUGGAUACUCUGAUGUGGUUUUCCGCUGUGAGGGCUGGCCUCUGUGUCUCCACGAUAAAACCGUCAUCCAGUUAGCACCUGUAAACCCUCUGCUUCUGCGUCCUGGAGACUUCUAUCUUCAGGUGGAACCUUUCGGGGACCAAGCGGCUCGCAUCGUCCUCAAAAGUCUUCUGGAAGAGGGGUGUCGGGAAGUGGAGGAGACCCCCGUGCCUGAAACUUCGUACCCCUGCAUCUUCACUGAAGACUGGCUGCAGGACAUCAAUGAAGGACGCCAUGGAACUCCUCUGUCACGUUGCUUGGUUUGCACAGAUCAAGGAGUAAUCAAGUUGCCCUGGGCCAAAAUAGCUAUCCCAGAGUUUUUGGACAAGCCUAAGAUCAUGCCCACUUAUCGGGAAGCUCCUCCUGAGCCAAAACAGAUCUCAGUUCCCUCCCAUUUUAACUCUUCCACCCUUCCGAUAGAAGCCAUGAUUCUUCCUUUAAAAGACAGAAUGUCAGCAUCUUUGAGACCUGUGGACAGCUCCUCCAAACUUGUCAAAAUGGAGCAUGAAAGAGGAAUGCCAAAAUCAUUCUCCAAACCUUUAAUCAAACCUGUGGGUUGGGUUUCUCCCAACACCUGGGACAGUCGUAACUAUCGAGAGAUAGAAGGUGAUUAUGUAGACCUGGUGGAUAUCGCCAAAGGGAAAGAAUUUGUGGAUAAACAGAGGGACAACCAUCCUAAUCCACCCAAUUCAGCUUUGUUCAAACCUGUCAGACCACCUCCACCUGUACCACUCGGGCAAAGUGCUCCCUGUGGACGCACCCUUCAGUAUGCAGAGGAGCCUUGUACACCAUGCAGCCAGAGAAAGCUGGGGCAGGAGCUCACUGAUCAAGACUUGAAGUGUCGGUACAGAGACUCUUACUUGGCAGCACUGAGAAACCCAGUCACUUUUGAGAGGGGGAGUGUAGACCUCCUAUCUGCCCUCGAGGAGGUCAGCCUCUGUGAAGAGGGUGAGUUAAGAUCCAGGGGUAAUUUUGAAGCUCCAAGAGACGAACUUGGAAGCGUUUGUAACCACCCAAAAGAGGCCGUGAUACGUCAUGAGCUCUGCCAAUACAAACACUGCUGUGAACCAACACCAGAGAACUUUGUGUCUCACCUUAAAGACAUUCCUCCAAGUUCUGAAUCUGAAAACCUUAUGAAGGAAUCACCUGCGAUUUUGAAAUCAACCCCUGGUUUGAGCCAUAGUCAGAGAGUUCAGACAAAACUUAUUUCCCACCCACUGGGACAUAAGCCUAAUGUGCAUCCAGGAUCAGAUUUGUUCUCGGAGAUCCGUGAUGGUGACAUGAAACCACAACAGAAGGUGGAGGUUGUAAAACCGUCGGGGAAACACAAAGUUAAGCUGAGGACUCCAUCCACUGUGUCAGAGACACCUAAAGGGAGUCCACUUCUCUAUAAACUCAAUAACAGGAGUCACAGUGAUAUCUGUCCUGAAACAAUCUCCAGUGUAAUCCAGUGUAAGAAAGGUGAACUUUUGGAUCAGGUGACUCCAAAGUUGGAAAAGCUGGCUGGAAAGUGUCUGAAAAAAGACUCCCAGUCAAGCAGAAGUGAAACUUCCUCCACCACAGAUGGAGCUGACACCAGACUCCACCACUCAAAGACAGAAAAGUCAUCUUCUCUGCAAGUUCAGAUUCCGUCUGCGAGUUCUGACACUCCUCAGUCUCCACAAACAGAAGAAUCCAGUUUCAGAAGGAUCAGCAGUCUGCUUGAAUUUGGCAUUAUUUGUUUGCCAGGCAGCAGGGACAGGACAGGCAGAGCAGUGGUGGAGGUUCAUGGUGACAGGAAGGAGUGGGCGUCCCCCCAAGUAUCGGCUCAGAGUGUGUGCGAGUUGCUACUCUACCUACACUCCAUACCCAGGAAAGAUGUUCGAGAGCUGGGAAUGACUUUGGUCAUCAAUGCCAGGAAGAAGCCUCCUCCACUUCACCUCUAUAAAGCUCUGCUGAUGGCCCAGGAGCAAGCCCUUCAUGCUGUGCACAGUAUUGUGAUGCUGAUGGAUAAAGACACUUGCCCGCGCCCUGAAAAACAGCCUGGGCUGCAGAUGGACAUGGUGACUUCUAUGAAAGUCCUAAACAAGACGGUUGAAGCUUCCCAGCUGACAUCUGACCUGGGCGGUACCUUUACUUAUAGCCAUACAGACUGGCUGCAGUUCCAUCAGAAACUGGUUUCCUUCAUGACUGACCUGCGAGGAGCAGACAGCUUGUUGCAGAAGGCCAUCCGGAAAGUGGAAGGCAGCAAAAAGAUAGACACGGCCCCGGAUGUGCAGCAAUGCAUUCAGGAACAGAGGGCAUCAAUGAAAGAGGUGCUAGAGGACACUCGACUGGUCACGCUGCAAAGAGAAGGAGGGGCUGUACUGGCCAGGAUGAGGAGGGAGGAGUUCAGAUUUCCACAGUCUGAAGACUACAGAGAUGCUCUGGAGUCAGUGACAAGUCUGUAUAACCAGGUGGAAGAGAAGCUCCACAUGCUGGUGAUGAGAUCGAAUGAGUCACUGCAGCAGCUGGGUUUCCUCUUCAGGCUCAGAGAGAUGGAGUCCAAAAUCAGCAUGGCCGGGACCUGGUUCAAUACAGAAGGCGAACAGAGACUGGCGGACUCUUACACAACAGAUAAUACCCUGGCGUGCACUGAAAAGGCUUUGCAGCACUUUGAACAGUUUCUCACUCAGUCUAAGGAGAAACAACAGCAUGCCAUGACCCUAGUGACGGAGGCAGAAGAAAUUGUUGGCACCAGUGACUCCAGUCCUGCAACAGAUAUUUUUCGUACUCUGGUCAGCACUUUCAGAUCUAAUAUGGACAGUUUUAUGUUGAGGGCAGAAAAGAGGUACAAAGAACUGGACACGCUGGUGCAUGUGCACCGCUUCUGUAAUCAGGCGUCUGCCCUGGCCAAGGAAUGCAGUCAUUUUUUGGAAAAGGUAGAACAGGGGUGUUACUCAGCUCAGAACCUAAGCACACUCCAGAUGUAUGAAGAGAGAUUAGGUGGUGAAUUCUCCACCCCGCACUUCCAAGCUCUGAAAGUUAAGGCCUCUGGUUUAGGAUCAGGGGCCUCUGGGGUGAUGAAGGUGUGGAAUGCAGCUUGGGUCCAGUGCCAAGAAGUGAGGCAGAGUCUUGAGGAGAUCCAGAAGAAGAAAGGCGUAGAUAAGAACCAGAUCCAGCAGACCACAGCUGUAAACUCUCAAGGGGAAGAUGGAGGAAUGGGGAACAAGGAGAAACAGAGUGAAUUGGGGGAGGAUGAAUGCUCCCUGACACCACAGUCAACCUCUCCUAAAGAGAUGGUCAAUAUCUCGGAGAGAGAAAGAGAAAGCGCCACUGUUGCGUGUUUCAACAACCAUUUAAAACCUGACUUCAAAGGGUGCGAGAAAGAUGAAGCCCAAGCACAGAAAUUACCUGAUGCAACAGUUAAAAAUGAGAAAAUUACUCUUGUUUUUUCACAAAACUGUGACUGUCAUCCUGAAGCCAAAUGGAGGCCAAGAGAGCACUACAGCGAGACAGAUCUGAGGAGCACAGGUUCUACUGAAGUGGGCGAGGAGUUUCCUUUGCACAAAGCCUUGGGUCGGUCCCUAAGCGAGGGAUCAUGUGUUAGCCCUCAUUUGAUGAGCAUCUCUGGCUUUUCACCUUUGAAUGUCAGACACAAACACUGUCAGAACAGGACACAGGCGCUGGAACAAAAUCUGAAACCUGUCCAAAAUCGGCCAACUUCCCAUGACGAGAGCUUACAGUCGGGAAACUUGAACUGCAAGUCAAUCAGAGACAGUAAUGAAGAGGAAGGAGAAGGAUGCACAGUCUCCACCCAGAGCCCUAAAGAUUUAAGGACUCCAGAGACAUUACUCACACCAACAGAAAACAAUUGCAGCAAUGUUUUGAAGCUGCGAAGGAUAAUGGAGGAGCUGCUGUCCACAGAGAGGGAGUACGUGAAGGCUCUGGGUUAUGUCCGAGAACACUAUUUCCCUGAGCUGGAGAGGACCGACGUCCCUCAGGACCUCAGGGGCCAGAGGGGGAGCAUCUUCGGUAACUUAGAAAAGCUCCACGACUUUCACCGACAUCAUUUCCUCAAUGAGCUGGAGAGCUGCGUGAAUGAACCCUUCAGAGUAGGACGCUGCUUCCUACGACAUAGAGAAAGCUUUGCUUUGUAUGCCCUUUACAGCAAGAACAAACCGCAGUCUGAUAGUCUUCUUAUUAAUCAUGGACAGGCUUUCUUCAAGCAAAAGCAGCUGAGGCUGGGGGAUAAAAUGGACCUGUGGUCGUACCUCCUGAAGCCCGUGCAGCGCAUUAGCAAGUACAGCCUGCUGCUGCAGGACAUGAUGAGAGAGUGUGGUCCGGGACAAAACAGAGAGAUGGCUGAGGUCAAGGCCGCCCUGGAGGUCAUCCACUUCCAGCUCCGCCAUGGCAACAACCUGCUGGCUAUGGACGCCAUCAACAGCUGUGAUGUUAAUCUGAAGGAGCAGGGGCAGCUGAUACGCCAAGAUGAGUUCCUGGUGACGUUCAGAAAGAAAAAAUGCUCUAGGCACAUUUUCCUCUUUCAAGAACUGAUCCUCUUUAGCAAGACUCGGAAGACUGACGUAGGAAAUGACACGUAUAUCUACAAACAGUCAUUCAAGACAUCAGACAUAGGCAUGACCCAAAACAGCGGCGACAGCGGUCUGUGUUUUGAGAUCUGGUUCAGGAAGAGGAAAACCCAGGACACAUACAUACUCCAGGCAGUUAGCCGGGGGGUGAAGGAGGCUUGGACCAAGGACCUGGAGCGGAUUCUCUGGGAGCAGGCCGUACAUAACAGAGAGGUCCGCAUGCAGGAGAGAGUGUUCAUGGGUAUUGGAAACAAGCCUUUCAUGGACAUCAAACCCAGUGACGCAGCGAUCAAUGACAGAGCUGUCAACUAUGUACUAGUGGGAAGAGUCUCUGCAGAAAACCGGGUGCUGUCCUCUGUGAGAUCAGGGGGGUCUCAGGACGGGCUCCCAGGGGGGCGGCCAAAAUCUCUUGGCUCAGGAAGCAGUUCAUCUUCCUCUGGAGUGGGUUCUCUGUCUCCUGUGGGAUGCCGAGGUGGGCCAAAGACGAGGGCAGAUGUGGAGAUGCUCGCAGGAUACGUAUCGUCCUCUGGAGUCCUAGAGGAGGAGGACCUGGACCACGAGAGUGGAAGUCAGAACUUAUUAUUGGACAGCUCUGAGUCGUCAGGAGAGAGUAUAAGUGGCUUCAGCAGUUGCAGUCACAGCUACCACUCUGCUAUAGGAGGAGAGGUGGAGGACACCUCCUCUGUCUGUGCCUCGGUAACCACCGUUAAGGAGGCUGCGUCUGCUAAUCGAGCUGAAGCUUCUGCAGCUUUCCAAAAAACAAAUGCUCUGGCAGGAUCCCCAGAGAAAAUCCAACCACCAGUGGCACCAAAGCCCAAACCCAAACCACAAUACCAGGCCAAGGAUUUCCCCUGUGGCAAGGUUCAGAACACUAGUGUUGGAAAAUCCACUGAGGUUUGACCUGUGAGAGACAGUACAAGAUCUGGGGGCAGUCCAAGAAAAGCCAAGAGAAGAAUGCUAAUGUCGGCAUGGAAGAGGAAACUAUAAACAGACAGCCUUUUAAACGAUCUGUUACUGUAAUCAAUUAGCACUCUGUAAAUACCACCACAAGAAGAAAAGGUCAGAAAAAUGUCUAUAAAUGUACUCUGAACAUGAAAUACAAAAUGCACCUGUAUUGUAAAUCAGUCUAGUUUUGUAGUUCAUUCAGAAGAUCAUAGAGUUGCUGCGGUCUUUGUGUCUGUGCUUGUAUAACAGUCUGUCAUUCAAAACAAAAUGCUAAACUAUACUGUGGUUUGAAAACGUGGCUAAAUCACUGUGGCUAAAUAAAAAAGCAGUAAAUAAUACCAUCUUUUAUGCCCUACAGUGCAUGUAUUGGCUUUUGUACAGAUUUAUCGAACUUAAUUACUCAUUUGCUCUGAAAAUAAAAUACAUCCACUCUGUCCUUUCUUUUAAUUAACAGUUUUGUAUAAACUCAUAUGUUACUGCUAUGAAGACUUUGUGAAGAUAUUGAUCUAUGUAACAAUUGUACUGCUUUCUACUUGAAAUACAGAAUAUUUCCAGUAAUGAUAUAUGUUUGCUUUUAUCUGUGUUUUAAUUUGCACCUCAGCCUUUUUUUCUUUGCAAUAAACUUUGCUAACAGCAUUUACAGCCAGAAAUUUAAAUUUCUACGCAUGAACAUUAGUCAGUAUCUUGUUUCUAGCA